AUGACGUCCUGUGGCCGAAGAAAGGCAGAGGCUAUUGUGAAAAAUGUUCUAGCGCCAAGAAGUGUGCAAGACUUCAUCGAUGUGUUGAAGGAUCCAGCAAAAUCAAGCAACUUUUUCUCUAUUGCAACUGAUGCCUCCAACCACAAAAACAGAAAGAUAUUCCCGCUGGUUGUGAGGUAUUUUGACCCUCUUAGUGGUGUUAAAAAUAGGCUCCUGGACUUCAUUGAACAAGCUGAUGAAACAGCUAAUGCUACCCAUAAUUUGAUCAAGUCUUCACUUGAUACACACAAGUUAGAUAUAAAAAAUCUAACUUCAUAUUGUGCAGAUAAUGCAAAUGUGAAUUAUGGGAAGCAUAAUUCUGUGUUCAAACUACUACAAGAAGAUAACAAAAAUGUGCUUAAAGCAAACUGCUCAAAUCAUAUAUUGCAUAAUGCCACAAAACAUGCAUCUGAUGGAUUAGAUGUGGAUAUUGAAAUGAUCAUCUUAAAAAUACAUGGACACUUUUCGGUAUCAGCAAAAAGAAGAGAAGAGUUGAAGUCAUUCUUUGAUCUUGUUGAUGCCGAGUGGUUGGAGAUUGUUUGUCAUGUGCCUACUCAUUGGCUUUCCCUAACAUCAGCUGUGGACAGAUUAAUACAAAACUGA